UUAAUUUUGUAUUCAUUAACAUAGAUUGUAACUUUCAAUCUAUGUAAAUUAUUUAAUUUUAUGUAAUUUGCUUAUGCUAUUUUUGCUAUUUGUCAAAACAUAACACUUGACAGAUUGCAACAGUGAUACCAAUGACUUGCGUAGCCAAUAUAGGCCAGCAUGCAUUUUUUGCCAUACUUGUGAGCCACCAAAAAGGCUUAAUAUUAAAUUAAAAAUGUUAUCAUAUUUGUCCAAUUGUAAACGUUUUAAUUGAACACACCCUAAUUAAUAAAACAUAUUUUCAGUAGUUGGUAACGCGAUAUACUUUAUGAAAUUUGCUUGCUGUCAUUUUUUGUUUGUUUAUAUAUUAUCGUCUGAUUAAAGCGGGUAAUGCGAUAUAAUCAAAUAUGGAAGAGUUGAGUCAAAGAAAUAUAGCGAAUUGCUUGAUACAAUUUAUACUUAAUAAUGCUGCAUCCAAAAUACCAAUAAAGGCGAGUGAUAUGGCGCAAAUUGCUAAUGUGCCUUCAAAAUCUCUUGCAGUGCCUUUGGAACAUGUUGGUGAAAUAUUGAAAAAGAAUUUCGGUAUAAUACUUCAAGUUGUACCUAAUGUUUCACCCAAGCGGUAUAUAUGCAUUUCGGAGCUUUGUGGAGUAACACCAUUGCAACUUGACGAAAAACAAAAAAGAGAACAAAUACUGUUAUUUAUAAUUUUAGCAUAUAUCUUUAUGAUUCAAUCGCCAUUGCAAGAAGAACGUUUGGAGAAAUUUUUAUAUACUCUUGAUAUUAAUUUGUACCUGAAACGAGAAAAAAGGCAUUCCGACGUCGAUGCUGAAACACAGUUUAUUUACUCUUGGGGUUAUCGCAGUACUGUAGAAUAUACAAAAAUGGACAUUUUAAAUGCUACAGCAAAUAUAAUGGGUAAAAGUCCCGAUUUUUUUAUUGAUCAAUAUAAAGAAGCACAAAGAACUGAAAACCCAGAAAAUGUGGAUCAAUAAUGAGUAAAGCAAUCUUGUAUAAUUCAUAGAAAUAAUUUUAUGUAUAUUCCAGUUAUAAAAAGAUUAAUUUUAAAUAAAA